AUUCUGAAUAGAGUUUUUUAUUGAAUUUGUAUAGAAUUAAACGAAAUAGCAAAAUGCAAUCGUAGUGUUCCCUGACAUAUCAGUAAUUGUCAAGUUGACUGUUCGCUUUGCGUUAGCCGUUUCGAUUUGUGUGGAUAUGUCGACGUCUCCCGAAGAUCGGUUGCGUGAGAGCCUCAACCGCUGUCUGUCCGACUCGCUGGUGAAGGGAUUCGGAGGUCUGGUGAUCGGGGGCGUGGUCACCGUGCUCUUCUUCCGGCGGCGCAUCUUUCCCGUCUGGCUGGGCACCGGAUUUGGCAUGGGCAUGGCUUAUAGGGGCUGUGAGAAGGAGCUCAACGAUGUGAAGUUCGCCCAACGGAAGUGAUCUCUGGACAGGCGGACACUGAAUUUUACUUAUGCUUACUACGAUUGAUUUAAUGGCUUGUGUUUACUUGGAAUGUGGAACGACACGAGGACGUGAGCUCGAUGAAAAAUUAAGGGCUGGUGUUGGAUAAAAAAAUCAUAAGAAAAAAGACAUAAUAAAUAAAACUCAUAUGUUGGCUUUAAAAAUCAUACUGUCGAAAAACAUAA